CACAAUUGAUUAUAUAUAUAUAUAACUUGUACACAGUUCAUAACUUACAUUGUUCUUCAUUCUAAUUAAGAUAACAAGAUUAAAUUUUAAGGAUGGCAAGAAUUGGCAAAGGAAUUCAAUCAUGUCUAUCCUGGAUUCAUCAAAGAGAUGGUAGGGUGCCAUCAAAUGCAAUCGAUGCAGGUCAUGCUGUUUAUAUUGCUCGUAUAUAUCAUUCUGGCGAUCUAAUUCCUGGUAAAGUUGUACCACAUUUGAGCAAAGCUUAUGUUAGUUAUGAUGGAACAGAAUAUGAAUUCGAUUCAUAUGAGGUAUUAUGUGAUACAAAAUUACCACAUGGUCCCCAACAGUGGUAUGUUAUCAUAAGAACGAUUAUAUUUGAUUUUACAUUGAAAUGUUGUUGACUAAACACCACCCUCCACGACUAUCAAAUAUUUAGAUGCAGUACAUUUUAUUUUUAAUAACAUAGGACUCAUGACUGUAUUAUAAAUUCAUUGGAAGUACUUGUUUAGCACAAAUGACUAAGCAAGGAAUGUGACGUUCCGCUUCCUUGAUAUUUUUGGCCAAGACUCCAAGUGAACGCUGAUUGGAUGAAACACUCCUUAGUGUUUCCUGAUGCUUGCUUGUCUUUUGCAAGCAAUUUUCCGGAUCACCCCAACAGAUAACAACUAAAGUUUUUUUUAAUACUAUUGUCGCUUGUUUUUUUUUAAUAUCCUAGUUACAAAUGGGAACGACAUAGUAAUGGAUAUGUUCCUAAAUAUGCCGUUGUUGGAGGUAUAACUUCUUCCAAUGAACCACUUUAUAUAGCUCGAGAAUAUAUUAAUGGUGAACGUGUAGUUGGAAAAGUUCAUGAAAGUCAUGAAUGCGCUUAUUUCCCUUAUGGUGGUCAAGAAAGAAAAAUGCAUCAUUAUGAAGUUCUUGUAUUAAUUAAAUGAUUACAAAAAAGAAAAGGAAAAGAGAAAAAUACAGACAAUACCCAAACCACAAUCAUCGUAAAUUGAAUUCUUUUUUCACUUUUAGAAUAAAAAAACCAAUCUUAAUUAGCUUCAUUUAUUAUUUCAUCAAUUCUUAUUCAGGAUUUUUGUUACUAACCGAUUAUUGACUAUUGAAAAAUACCUACAUUUUUUUAAAACCCAAAUGAUAAUCAUGUUUUCCGAACAAAAUCUAUUUGUCAUAAUUAUUUUUCUUAUUAAAUUCAUAUAUAAGAAUA